UACUAAAGUUUUUUAAACUCUUUGGUAUACUUACUUUACUCUUUGGCUGUCACUGUCGACGCCACCUUCCUCUCUUUUACGGCGAGCGGUCUUGGAAGAAGCUCGCCAUCAUGGUGAACAACCGAGUGCCGUCGGUCUUCUCUAAGACCUACGUAACCCCGCGGCGGCCUUUCGAAAAGGCGCGCUUGGACCAGGAGUUGAAGAUCAUCGGUGAAUAUGGUCUCCGUAACAAACGUGAAGUGUGGAGGGUGAAGUACACACUCGCUCGCAUCCGUAAGGCUGCCAGAGAACUGCUUACGCUGGAGGAGAAAGACCCUAAAAGGCUUUUCGAAGGUAAUGCAUUGCUUCGUCGUCUGGUGAGGAUCGGAGUGUUGGAUGAGAAACAGAUGAAGCUGGAUUAUGUGCUGGGCCUCAAGAUUGAGGACUUCUUGGAGCGCAGGCUGCAGACACAGGUGUUCAAGGCUGGUCUGGCCAAGUCCAUACAUCAUGCUCGUAUUCUCAUCAGACAGAGACACAUCCGUGUACGCAAGCAGGUGGUGAACAUCCCGUCAUUUGUGGUGAGGCUGGACUCGGGCAAGCACAUUGACUUCUCGCUCAAGUCACCGUUCGGUGGUGGCCGUCCUGGUCGCGUCAAGCGCAAGAACCUCCGCAAGGGACAGACUGGUGGAGCUGCUAAUGAUGAUGAAGAAGAUUAAACAAUAAAGUUAUAAUUGUACA